CCUGACAACCUUACAAACUGGAGCCAUGAACGGUUUCCUCGAUAGACCUUUGCUGUCCUUUUGUUUCUGCUUCACGGAGAUCAACAUUUGACUCGUUCUUUUCCUGUCCAGCUUUUUCUUGUAGGCCCCUUUUUCUCCUUUUCGGUUUAUUUGUGUUCUCCAUCAUCUCCAAUUCUCCAAUCCAAUUCUCCCCUUCAGUUUUUGUAAUCUCCGACGAUGCAAACGGAACUCAAAACCGCCGUCUCUCUCGCCGCACGCACCGGCCGGCAUUUGCAGCGUUACGAUAAUGGCCGCCGUCAAGUCGUCGGAUGUGUCCCCUAUAGAUACAAGGAUAGUGGUGAGACAUCAUCCUUGAUGGCUGAGGAUGCAUUUGAAGUUCUUGUCAUUAGUCCUCAGAGAAUAAGCAAAGGGAUGCUGUUUCCUAAGGGAGGAUGGGAAACGGAUGAAACAAUCGAAGCUGCAGCCCUGCGAGAGACAGUUGAGGAAGCCGGAGUGUUGGGUGAGAUUGAGUGUAAACUAGGAACAUGGAGUUUUGAGACCAAGAAUGGCAAAAACUCAUGUGAAGGUCACAUGUUUCCACUCCUUGUGAAAGAGCAGCUAGAUUCCUGGCCAGAGAAGGAAAUUCGCCAAAGACAUUGGAUGAGUGUAAGGGAAGCGAGGAAAGUUUGCAAGCAAUGGUGGAUGAAGGAGGCGUUGGAAGCGUUGGUAGGGCACGUAACGAAGCAGAGGAAUGCUGGGAUAUUGUCGGCCAUGGGGCUUAGCCAAGGCACCCUUUUCUCGAUUAGAUGUGGAGCUCAAAUUGUUCCUCCCCCAACCAUGGCUUCUGCAGAGGAAGCAUAGGCUAAGGGAAACCAUUUGAAUUGGUGGGUGUGAUAUAUAGCAAAGCAAUAAGAGUUAUGAAGGUAUGACAGACAGACAGACAGACUCAAAUUUGAAGAAAA